AACAUUGCUCAACAAAACUUCGCUCUAUCUCUCUGUCGCCUAUCAUCCUUUUCAGUACGCCAUCAGAUUCAGACAUAUCUGAAACCCCAUAACUCAUAAUAAAGCUUACUCUUUUCCAUUCUCUCUUUACUCCACAAAGUUUUGUUCUUUACCCAAAAAAAGCAGGAUGGUCGACGUUGGACGGAGAAUGACCGGUCUCCGGCCAGCACACGCGGCGGGUCUCCGUCGUCUCUCUGCUCGUGCCGCCGCACCAGCGACCCCAACGGUCAGGAACAGUCUCGUCUCUUUCUCAUCUCUCGCCGACCAAGUAAUCUCACACUUACACACUUCGAGGAUCCAACUCCAACCGGGUCUAACCGACGCAGAAUUCGCCAGAGCCGAAGCUGAGUUCGCAUUCGCUUUCCCACCGGAUCUCCGCGCCGUACUAUCCGCCGGUUUACCCGUCGGCGCCGGGUUUCCGGACUGGCGUUCUCCCGGAGCUCGUCUCCAUCUCCGAGCCAUGAUCGAUCUUCCGAUCGCCGCCGUGUCGUUUCAGAUCGCGAGGAACACUCUGUGGAGCAAGUCUUGGGGCCCGAGACCGUCUGACCCGGAAAAAGCCUUACGGGUCGCGAGAAACGCUCUCAAGAGAGCUCCUUUGAUGAUUCCCAUUUUCGAUCACUGCUUCAUCCCUUGUAGCCCGUCUUUAGCGGGUAACCCGGUUUUUUACGUCGACGAGACCCGUAUUUUCUGUUGCGGGUCGGAUCUCUCUGAUUUCUUCGAGCGUGAGUCUGUUUUCAGAGGAUCCGAUUUGUCUCCGGAUAUCCUCACUAAGCAGCGUUCGGUGAGCGAGAAGUCUGCCAGGUCGUCCUCGUCCUCCUCGAAUUAUUCUAGACUGAGCUUAGAUUCGGGUCGGGUUCGUGGGUCGGGUACACCGAGAUGGGUGGAGUUUUGGAGUGACGCGGCGGUGGAUCGUCGCCGGAGAAACUCAGCUUCUUCUAUGUCUUCUUCUUCGCACUCUUCGUCGUCGCCGGAGAGAUACUUAGACUUACCUCGUCCAGAGACACCGAAAUGGGUCGACGAUUACGUGAACCGGAUCGGGUCGGUUUUAAGAGUAGGCGGGUGGAGCGAGUCCGACGUAGACGAUAUCGUCCACGUGUCAGCCUCUGGUUUUUUUGAAGAUGAGAUGGUGAUUUUAGACAACCAAGCAGUCCUUGAUGCAUUGCUUCUGAAAGCGGGUCGGUUCUCGGAGUCGCUCCGUAAAGCUGGAUGGAGCUCCGAAGAAGUGUCGGACGCACUUGGUUUUGACUUUCGACCGGAGAAGGAGAAGAAACCGGUUAAGGAACUGUCUCCUGAGGUCGUCAAACGAAUUGGGAAACUUGCCGAGUCAGUUUCUCGGUCAUGAUAAUAUGGCAUGGAGAUUAAAAGAAAUAAACCAAUAAUUUUAACA